AUGAGCACCAACGACGAUAACAAGGGCAUCUCAGAGGUCAAGGGCGACGGCGCCCACAUCGACCAUGCCUACGAUGUCGAGGCAAAGAAGGAGAUGGCCGCUGACAUGCAGGGCGCCAUCGACGCCGAGAACGCGGAGCACAACAUGACUGUUCUCGAGGCCGUUAGAGCGUAUCCCGCUGCCUCUCUCUGGGCCUUCAACAUGUCUUGCACAAUUAUCAUGGAGGCUUACUGUGUUUUCCUCAUCGGUAACUUCAUCGCCCUCCCCGCUUUCGCCGACAGAUACGGUAUCUGGAGUGACACCAAGGGCAAAUAUGUUAUCGAGACAAAGUGGCAGUCUGCUCUCCAGGUCGGUGGCCCCAUUGGCGCCAUCAUCGGUGUCACCAUCGCCGGUCCCAUCACCAGCCGUAUCGGAUACCGAUGGGCUACCAUCCUGGGUCUCAUGCUCCUCAACGCCUUCAUCUUCAUCUUCUACUUUGCCGACUCUCUGCCCGUCAUGCUCGUCGCUCAGCUCCUUGAGGGUAUUCCCUGGGGUAUUUUCAUCGCCAAUUCUCCCGCCUACUGUUCCGAGAUCGUGCCUCUCCAGCUUCGAGCUCCUGCUACGCAGAUGCUUCAGAUGUUCUGGGCCAUUGGUGCGAUUAUCGUCGGUGCUGUGGCUUAUCGCUACAAUGAUCUUCACGAGCAGGCUGCUUUCCGUGUGCCUAUCGCUCUUCAGUGGAUGUUCCCCACUCCCCUUGCCAUCCUCAUCUUCCUCUCCCCCGAGUCUCCCUGGUGGCUUGUCCGAAAGGGUCGUCUUGAAGAGGCUGCCAAGGCCGUUAGACGUCUCGGACGUUCUACCCACGUCGACAACGCUCAGGAGGCUAUUGCCAUGAUGAGGCGUACCAUUGAUCUCGAGAAGACCGUCAAAGAGCCCAGCUUCAUUGAGCUGUUCCAGGGCACUGAUGCUUACCGUACUGCCAUCGUUUGCUGCGUUUACGCCGCUCAGAACCUUACUGGUAACCUGAUCGCUAACCAGGCUGUCUACUUCUUCGAGCAGGCCGGUAUGCCUAACAAGACCGCUUUCGCUAUGGGUCUCAUCACCUCCGCCCUCCAGACCGUCUUCGUCAUGCUUUCUUGGAUUCUCACCAGCUACUUCGGUCGUCGAUCCAUCUACCUCUGGGGCUCUCUUGGAAACACUGUCCUCCUGGUCGCUCUUGGUAUCGCCGCCACUGUCGGUGAUGUCAAGUCCACCGUCAACUCCAACACCCAGGCUGCCCUCGGUCUCAUUGUCUCCGUCCUCUUCACCCUCGGACCCGCUCCGGCCUCUUGGGUCAUCAUCGGAGAAACCUCCGCUAUUCGUCUUCGACCUCUCACCACUGGUGUCGGCCGUGGCUGCUACUACCUCGUCAACAUCCCCUGUAUCUUCCUCUCCUCUUGGAUGCUUAACCCCACUGGCGCCAACCUCGGUGGCAAGUGCGGUUAUGUCUGGGCUGGUACCGGUUUCGUCUGCUUGGUCAUGGCAUACAUCUGGCUUCCUGAGAUGAAGAACCGAUCUUACCGAGAGAUCGACAUUCUCUUCAAGCGCAAGGUCCAGGCCCGCAAGUGGAAGAAGACCGUCAUCGACGUCCACGACGACGAGUAG